ACGAUCGCAAUUGUCGAGCUAGUUGGGCUCGAACGUUUCGUUUGUUCAGUUCAAUUCGAUGCGUAGACGAGUCGUAUACGUGAUGUUAACUCUUUGCGGAUUGGGGCUUGCUGGCCUUGCCGGCUGGCUAUUGGUCUCGCUGAAUGCGGUUGCGGAUGCCCAAACGCCAAUGUCAACGAUGACAGUAGAUCUGUCGGGACAGCAGGGCGCAGUGCGCGGCAAUUACGGCCAGACAGCGUGGACAGGGCAGACGUUCAUGCAGUUCCGUGGUAUACCCUAUGCAGAGGCACCCGUUGGAAAUCUGCGCUUUCGUCCACCGGUUGCUCGCUCCCCCUGGUCCGAGACGCUCGAUACCUUGGACUUUGGCCAACGCUGCCCGGUGAUAACCAAUUUGGAUGCCAAGAUGUCCGAUGCUCAGCUAGAGGAUUGCCUAAAUCUGUGCGUCUACACCAAGAAUCUCACCGCGCGUCAGCCAGUGAUGUUUUAUGUGUAUGGAGGUGGCUAUUACAAUGGCUCAUCGCAAGAUCAUCCGCCGAACUAUUUGCUGGAGCGUGAUAUCGUUUUGGUUGUGCCACAUUAUCGCGUCGGGGCUUUGGGUUGGCUCUCAACGCUCACCGAGCCAUUGCCUGGCAAUGCGCCCAUAGGCGAUAUACUCUUGGCUUUAGACUGGGUGCAGCGUCAUAUUCAGCGAUUUGGCGGCGAUCCCAGCCAGGUGACCAUAUUCGGCCAGAGUGCUGGGGCGGGCGUCACCAGCGCUUUGCUGCUAAGUCCACGCACCUCCCAGCAGCAUUUUCAGCGCGCUAUUGUGCAAUCCGGUUCGAUAUUCGCCAACUGGGCUUUAGUAAAGGAUCCCACUGAGCAGGCACAGAGAAUUUGCAAGGAGUUGCACUGCGAGCGCUGCGAGGAGCAGGAACAGCUCUUGCGCUGCGUGCGCUCUGCAUCUGUGCUGGAGCUGCUACUGGCUACCAAGGCUGAGAGUUUCGCUCCGCUCGUGGGCGAUCUACAGGGCAUAUUGCCACAACAUCCAGAGGAACUGCUCAAGCGGCGUCAACGUGCUGUGCCGCUCAUGACAGGCUUUACGCAGCACGAUGGCUCCUUUGUGCUUGCCACAUAUUACGAUGCUCUGGUAACCCAGAUCGGCAAUGUAAGCGCUCUAAGCGUGCGCCAGUUUACACAGGGCCUAAUGGACCUCGCUAAGGAUUCAACGGGUCUCGCAGAUAAUUUAUUAUAUCGCCUGCUCUAUACACCGCAGCUGUUGGACAGCUACGCCCACAAAGCUGCAUUGCCUGCUUAUUUUGACCUCACGUCGACAAUUUAUAUGAAGUCGCCUGUCAUUAGCCUGGCCAGCAAGCUGCACACGCAUCGACCAGAUGCUCCUGUCUAUGUCUACAGCUUUGAGUACGAGGGUGAACAUACGCGCUUUGGCUACGAGUUUGGCAAUGAGCACUAUCCCUUCAAUGGUGGCGUGCAUCAUUCCAACGACAAUAUAUACCUAUUUGCCACCCACCCACUGCAAAUGGAGGACACACUCAUGGCACAGAACAUGGUCGAGCUGUGGACAUCGUUUGCCAUAAGCGGCGUGCCCAAAGAUCUGAAUGCUCUGACCAGUCCCAGUGGACCAUAUAAUCGCCUCGGACUUCAGAUAACGAAUGAUGCAGAUUUGCUGCAAACGCUGACAGCAACAAUUGAUGAUCCAGACAAUUCGCGCUUAGAGCGCAAAAAUGUGGAUUUUUAAGAGUUUGAUGUAUAUAAAAAAUAUACAAUAUAUGCAAUAUUAAUCGAGCUGAAUUAGGCUUGAGUAAAAGGAUCAGAAUGUGUCUUAGACAAUUAAUUAAUAAAUGGCUAGCGGUUGUUUAAG